CAUCCAAAAGAAGUAUCUGGCAGGAGAUUUCUCCCUUUCCUGCAAGUAGCAGCCUCCAGACCCGGCUCGGAGCAGCUGGUCUUUAGCAAUGAACGCUUCGUGCUGCCUGCGCUCUGCUCACCUGACACUAGCUAACAGCUCAGAGCACCGGACGGCCCCUUUCUCCAGCAACCAGAGUGGUGGCAGCAGCGGCAGCAGGUUCUGUGAACAGGUCUUCAUCAAGCCGGAGGUCUUCCUGGCUCUGGGCGUCCUCAGCCUGCUGGAAAACAUCCUGGUGAUCCUGGCCGUGGUCCACAACGGCAACCUGCACUCACCCAUGUACUUCUUCCUCUGCAGCCUGGCCGCGGCCGACAUGCUGGUGAGUGUGUCCAAUGCCCUGGAGACUGUCAUGAUCGCCGUGGUCAACAGCAACUCCCUGACCUUCGAGGACCAGGUCAUCCAACACCUGGACAACGUCUUUGACUCCAUGAUCUGCAUCUCCCUCAUGGCCUCCAUCUGCAACCUCCUGGCCAUCGCCGUGGACAGGUAUGUCACCAUCUUCUACGCGCUCCGCUACCACAGCAUCAUGACCACGAGGAAGGCCCUCGCCCUGAUCGCGGGCAUCUGGGCGGGCUGCAGCGUCUGCGGCGUCGUGUUCAUCGUCUACUCCGACAGCAAGAUGGUCAUCGUGUGCCUCAUCACCAUGUUCUUCGCCAUGCUGCUCCUCAUGGGCACUCUGUACGUGCACAUGUUCCUCUUCGCCCGGCUGCACGUCAAGCGCAUCGCGGCCCUGCCGCCCGCCGACGGGGCGGCCCCGCAGCAACACACGUGCAUGAAGGGGGCGGUCACCAUCACCAUCCUGCUGGGCGUCUUCGUCUUCUGCUGGGCCCCCUUCUUCCUGCACCUGGUGCUCAUCAUCACGUGCCCCGCCAACCCUUACUGCAUCUGCUACACGGCACACUUCAACACCUACCUGGUCCUCAUCAUGUGCAACUCUGUCAUCGACCCCCUCAUCUACGCCUUCCGCAGCCUGGAGCUGCGCAACACCUUCAAGGAGAUCCUGUGCGGCUGCAGCAGCUUGAGCCUGGGCUAG